AUGAAAACAAAUUCUAUAUCUAUCGUGAAAGUUACUCGUCAACGAAUUAAACAAACUAAAAAUAAUCAACAUUGGAAGAUUAAAAAAACAUCUAGAAAAGUAGUUCAUGUAACUGCUGGAUUAUCACAUCAAAACACUUCGCGUUCUGUAUUAAACAGUACAAUUGAUAAUUUACAGAAUGAUAAAUCAUUUCAAAGUAUAGUAAAUAAUAAUAAUUCUAUUGCAUUAAACCAACACCAAGAUGACAAACCUGUUUCACUCAAUUUAUCAAAAGUCAAAGAUGCAUGGGCAAAUCCAAUGGAUUAUCAUAAUAAACGUUCCAACCAAAAUCUAAAUAACAAGAAAAAGAAAACAUACACAAGAUCAUGUCUGAUCUGGUUAUUACUCGUUCUUGUACUUUUGAUUAUAAUAGGUUUAAUUGUUCUCAUCGUUUUUUUGACAAAACCGAAGACAUCAACAACAACAAACAUUGCUAAUCCUGUUCUUCGUUGGAAUGCAAGUGGAAUUACGGUCGCCGGUGUAACGGGUAUGAGUGGAAUUAAUGCAAGUCAACUGAACAAUCCAUGGGGACUAGCAUUGACUUACGAUGGCACACUCUAUGUUACUGAUUGUUAUAAUAAUCGUGUCCAACAAUUUGUAUCAGGUUCUACAGUAGGAACAACUGUAGCUGGUGAUUCCAAUGGAAUGUUCAGUAAUAUGCUCAAUUCUUUAUUUCUUCCUUCUAAAAUUGUACUUGAUUCAAAUGAGAAUCUGUAUAUAGCAGAUGGAUUUAAUAAUCGAGGACUCUAUUGGACUAAAGGUUCAAAUUCGGGAGUUCUUAUUGCUGGCACAGGUGCUCCUGGUAGUGCACUUGAUCAAUUAAAUUAUACAUAUGAUAUUGCUCGUAAUUGGAAUUCGGAUAUCACUUAUGUUGCAGAUUACCAAAAUAAUCGUGUUAUGGGCUAUAGACCUGGCAAUAUUACAGGCUUUGUUGUUGCUGGUAAUAAUGGUGCAGGAGGAAAUUAUACCCAGUUAAAUGGUCCUAUAGCGAUUUACUUCGAUUCAUUAACCAAUAGUAUUUUAAUUGCGAAUUUUAAUCGUCAUAAUAUUGUUCGUUGGACAUUAGGUGCAAAUAAUUGGACUCUUGUAGUUGGUAGUAUCAAUGGAUUACCUGGUAGUACAUCAACAUUACUUUUUGCUCCUACAGGUUUAACUCUCGAUCCAAUGGGUAAUUUAUAUGUUGCCGAUUUGGCAAAUCAUCGAAUUCAAUUAUUUCUCAAUGGUGAAAUGAAUGCUACAACAAUUGCGGGUAAAACUGGGCAAUUAGGAAAUGAUAGUAUGUCACUCAAUCAACCAUACACAAUCGCAUUAGACAAUCAAUUAAAUCUCUAUGUGGCAGAUAAUCAAAAUCAUCGGAUUCAAAAAUUUUUACGUUAUUAA